CAUCACCAGAAGCGCCUCCACGUCCGCCCGUGAAAAAAAAAAAUCGGGUGCGGCGAAAACCUUCAAACCCUAAUCCCUUCGCCCCCAUGGCAGACUCCGAUGCAGCGCCGCCGCCACCGGAGGUAGCCCCCGAGGAGCAGCCCCCGGCCGUCGAAUCCGCCUCUGCCGCCGCCGUCGCCCAGGAGGUGGCCACCGCAGGCGAGGGCGAUCACAAGAGGAAGCUCGAGGAGGUCGACGCCGGCGCGGAGGCGAACGGCGCCGGCGAGGAUGCCAAGCGCCCGCGCGUGGACGGCGAGCCCAACGCAGCAGAGGACAGCAAGGUUGCUCCAGCGGAGGGGGCGGCAGAUGCUGCGAAUGGCAUGGUCGCUCUUGCUGUGGAUUCGCAGGCGGGUUCUGAGGAGAAGCCACUUGAGCCCAAACCGGAAGCAGCGGCUGAAACUCCACAGCAAGAAGGUGCUGCAUCAAGUGCCGCACAGGAGACUUCUCGAAAAAUCGAAGUGCCCAAUAGCAAGGUCGGUGUCCUAAUAGGAAAAGCUGGUGAAACAAUCAGGAACUUGCAAACGAGCUCAGGUGCAAAAAUCCAAAUAACCAAGGACGUUGAUGCUGACUCGAGUGCCCUGACUCGUCAAGUUGAAUUAGUUGGAAACCUUGAAAGCAUUGAUAAAGCUGAGCAGCUCAUUAAGAGUGUUAUAGCUGAGGCUGAGGCUGGUGGUUCCCCUGCCUUAAUAGCUAGAGGUUUUGGAAGUGGACAGUCAGGAUCAGAGCAGUUUGAGAUGACAGUUCCUGAUAACAAGGUUGGUCUGAUUAUUGGAAAAGGCGGCGAGACAAUAAAAAAUCUGCAAACAAGAUCUGGUGCUCGUAUUCAGUUGAUACCCCAACAUCCUCCAGAGGGUGUUACAUUGACUGAAAGAACUGUACGUGUUACUGGGAAUAAGAAGCAGAUCGAAGUUGCAAAAGAUAUGAUCAAGCAAGCUAUGAAUCAGACAUUUUCAAGACAUACAACUCAAUCUGGUGGAUAUGGUCCGCAAAAUUACCGCCCUCAGGGUCAUGGUGCAGCUUCUCAGUGGGGGCCACGCUCUCAAACUCAGCCUGGCUAUGGAUACCCACCAAGAGGUAUGCCUCCACCCCAGAACUACAACCAACCCUACGGUGGCUACCCGCAGCAGCCACCACCAAGGGGUGGCGUGAGCUGGGACCAGAGGCAGGGCCCUCCGCCACAUUCUUCCCAUCAGGGUGGUGGUUAUGACUACUACAAGCAGGGAUCUCAACCAUAUGAUAGCCAGCCACCAAGCUACCCCCCUGGACCUGGGAACUACAACAGUUAUGGGCAGGCGCAGGCUCCUAGCUAUGGACAACCUCAGUACCCGCAACCUCCGCCUCAACAGAACUAUGGCCAUGGGUAUGGUGAUCCUAGAUAUAAUGCUCCGGCACCGAACCAGCAGUACUAUGGGCAGCCAUCAAUGGGCCCCCAGCAAGGCUAUCCUCAACAGCCCGAUCCUUAUGCUAGGCCUGCAUACAGCGGACCAGGACAAUGGCAGCCCAGAGGUGCACCGGCUGCAGAUGGCACCUACCAAGCACCACCUCCUACAUCUUAUGGGCCACCAUCUCAGCAACCUCCUGCUUAUGGUCAAACAUAUGGUGCAACUACUGGGCCUGAUGGGUAUGCUCAACAGGGUUACCCACAGCAGGGUGGGCAAGCGCAAGCUCCAUAUGGCCAGAGUGCACCAGCAGCACCAGGUUAUCCUCAGCAAGGUGGUUAUGCACAGUUCCCACCAACCCAACCAGCAUAUGGUGAUCAAGCAGCUCAAACCAAUGCGAACUAUGGUUACCAGGGAGCUCCGGCUGAUCCCAACUAUGGAAGUGCGUACCCACAGUCUGGAUAUGGUCCUACUCCGGCAACUGGUUAUGCUACUGCACCAGCAGCUGGCCAACCUGCAUAUGGUCAGGCAGGAUACACCCAGCCCCCUACAAAUCCGCCCAGUUACGAUCAAUCUGCACCACCAGCAGCUCAGAGUGGGUAUGCUGCAGCCCCUGCAAAUCCACAGCCUGCUGCUGCGAAGGGGGUGUCGCCGCAGCCAGCUGCUGGAUAUGGUGGCCAGUGGACUGCAUGAUAUUAUCGAACUUCACAGGCAUCAAGAUCUAGUUUGGUACUGUGUUGAACCGGCUGCUGUUUGGAUAUGUUGAAUGUUUCUGUGGACGCAAUCGGCGCGGCUGACUUUUGUCAUCUAAAAGGGAUUGUAACCCCUCGAGUUGUUAUACUGCAUCCAUGUAGUAACUAGCAGUUGGUUAAGAUGACUUUUACAUCCUAUUCAGUUCUGUUUUGCUUGGUGUUGCCGUGUCGUACUGGAAAGAUUGGCGCAGUUUUGCUUGCCAUGUGGUUAAGUUGCCAAGUUGGCAAUAAUUAUCUGUUUAUGCGAAUUCACUCAAACGGAGUGGUUUUGUUUGUA